AUGUCAAUUGAGAACCUUACCCAAUUGGUUGACCUGGACGUGUCAUGGAACAGGUUCAAUAGUCCUAUCAGUCCUAUUCACUGGGAAGCCCUUGUUAAUCUGGAAAGCCUUGACUUCAGCAACAAUCUACUCUAUGGGAGUAUUCCAUCGUCUAUUGUUUCUCCUCCCUUGCUGGUUGCAUUAGCACUUUCUAAUAAUCAUUUCUCUGGUCAAGUCCCUGAAUUUUUCAAUACCUCUUCACAGUUACUUCGGAACCUUCUUUUGGGAAACAACAAUUUGGAAGGAGAAAUACCAACAUCUAUUUUUAAUCUUAAAGGGCUUAUGUAUCUUGAUCUUGCUUCAAACAACUUCAGUGGCUUCCCUUUCAGUGGCCCUCAGCAGCCUAGAACUCUUUCAUUUCUUGAUCUUUCCCACAAUAGCUUGUUGUUUGAUUAUAAUGGUACCAGUUCCCCCUUCCUUCAGAUUGAGAACUUGCUAUUGGCUUCUAACAAGUUGGUAGGACUCCCAGAUUUCUUAAAAAAUCAAUCCACACUUUCGAAAUUAGACCUUUCGGGAAACCAGAUUCAAGGCCAGAUACCUAAUUGGAUUUGGAGGCUCAAUUCUCUUGGACUCCUAAAUCUCUCUUAUAAUUCCAUUGUAAAUCUAGAACCUCUUCUUCCUAAUUCUACUUUUACUUUGUUUUCUCUUUACCUUAAUUUCAACAAGAUUCAGGGUAUCCACUCCUCAUAUGCCUUCCUUCAGAUUGGCCGCUUGGGUUUAGCUUCUAACAAGUUGAGAACAUUCCCAGACUUCUUGAGAAAUCAGUCCACAUUAAAUUACUUGGACCUUUCAAAUAACCAAAUUCAAGGCCAGAUACCCAAUUGGAUUUGGAGGCUCAAUUCUCUUCAAGAACUGAAUCUUUCUUGUAACUCCUUGGAAACUCUUGAAGCUCCAUUACCUAAGGCUAAUUCUUCUACUGUUGUGACGUCACUUGAUCUUCAUUCAAACCAGCUUCAGGGACAAAUCCCAUUGUUCCUACCAUUUGCCCAUUUUCUGGAUUACUCAAGAAAUAAUUUUAGCUCUAGUCUACCAGCUGACAUUGGCAGUUUUAUCUCUCAAACUAAUUUCCUCUCUGUGUCAAGAAAUAACUUGCAUGGAACCAUUCCAAGAUCAAUUUGCAAUACAACUGGUAUGGUUCUAGAUCUGUCCUAUAAUUCUUUGAGUGGUAUAAUUCCGCAAUGCUUGACUCAACUUCCGCUUUCAGUCCUUGAUUUAAGGACAAACAACCUCACUGGCUCUAUUCCUGAUAAUUUUCUUGAGCAUUGUAAGCUACAAACUCUUGAUCUCAGCAGAAAUAAUAUACAAGGCCAGUUUCCGAAAUCUCUUGUCAACUGCUCAAGUUUAGGGGUUUUAAAUCUCAGAAACAAUCAGAUAACAGAUACUUUUCCGUGCCUGUUGAUGACCAUAUCCACCUUGCGUGUCCUUGUUUUAAGAUCCAACAAUCUUUAUGGUAGCCUAGGAUGUCCCAAGACCAACAGCACUUGGCCUGUGCUGCAAAUCAUAGAUUUAGCACACAACCACUUGAAUGGUGAAAUACCGGCAACGUCUUUCGCAACAUGGCAGAAAAUGAAGGCUAAUGAAGAUGAUGGUAAUCUGGUAUUUUCGUACACUCCCCUGUACACAACAGAGACUAUUGGGAUGGAUGUUUAUUACAGAGAUACAAUAACAACCAUCAUCAAAGGUUUGCAGUUGGAUCUGAUAAAGAUUCUAACUAUCUUCACCUUGAUUGAUUUCUCUUCCAACAAUUUUACCGGGUCAAUACCCAAGGAAAUUGGAGAGCUGAAAGCAUUGUAUGCCCUCAACUUAUCUGGUAAUGCUUUCACAGGCGAAAUCCCAUCAUCCGUUGGGAACAUGAGAAGCAUGGAGUCCUUAGACCUCUCACAGAAUCGUCUGAGCGGCCACAUUCCCCAACAGUUUGCAAAUCUCAAUUACCUUUCAUUUUUGAAUGUCUCAAAUAAUCAACUGAUCGGCAAAAUCCCAACCAGCACUCAGUUCUCGACAUUUCCAAAUACUUCCUUUGUAGGCAACCAAGGAUUGUGGGGGCCUCCUUUGACAUCAGAUACACCAGCCGUAUUGCCCCCACCUACGUUAAAUGGAAGCUCAAGUAAUUCUGGAGAUGAGAUCGAUUGGAAUGUUAUCAGUGUUGAAAUUGGAUUUACAUGUGGAUUUGGGAUUGCCAUCGGAUCGCUUUUGUUUUGCAAGAGAUGGAGGAAUUGGUAUUACAGAGCUAUGUUUAACAUCCUGUUCAAUACAUUCCCUCAGCUGGAACACAGAUUUGGUGUUAUUGGGGCCAGUGGAGUUAUUUGCAACGGCUCUGAAGAAUGGAUUAAUGGUUUCUUUCAUCAGGUUGGGACUGGUGAAGUUAUUCAGACUGAGGCUUGGAGACUCUUUACUGGCCUAAAACUUGCUAUUGAACUCCAUAUAAAAAAUCUUAAAGUUCAAAGUGACUCUGUUUGGGAACAUGGUGCUUGA